AUCAGUCAUAGUAGUUUACCCUUGUAUACAGUGUGAAAAUCCUACCAAACCAAAAAUCACGUGUAUACCCUUCUUUAGAACUAGCCUUAAAUCUCUUCACUAUCAUCACUCCAUGCUAUAUAAAUUGGCAUCAUUUCCAUAUUCUAUUGCAACCAUUUCUACUCUCUCUCUCUCCCACCUUCAAUCCAACAUGGUGAAAUCAAAGAAAUUUAGAGGUGUUAGGCAACGCCAUUGGGGCUCUUGGGUUUCGGAGAUUCGUCACCCUUUAUUGAAAAGGAGAGUAUGGCUAGGAACAUUUGAGACAGCUGAAGAAGCAGCAAGAGCAUAUGAUGAAGCAGCAAUUUUAAUGAGUGGAAGAAAUGCAAAAACAAAUUUUCCAGUUUCUGAUAGCAUGAAUCCAAUACCAAAUAACAACAACAAUAAUAACCAAAAAUCAUUUGCAUCAUCUUCUUCUUCUUCAAAUUCCACUACUACUACUAAUACAUCACUCUCUGCAAUUCUAAGUGCAAAGCUUAGAAAAUGUUGCAAAUCACCUUCACCUUCACUUACUUGUCUAAGGCUUGACACUGAGAAUUCACACUUUGGAGUGUGGCAAAAACGAGCCGGCCCUCGUUCCGACUCGAGUUGGAUCAUGAUGGUUGAAUUGGAAAGGAAGAAGAAAGAACAAGAAGAAGGAUCAGAAAUAGUAGUUAAUUCUAAUUCGGAAAUAUUGUCUUCUAUUGUUGUUAAUGAUGAUUCUAAAAAAAUCGUAAAGCCUGAAGAGGAAGAAGAAGAUGAAGAAGAAAAAAAUGAAGAAAAUAAUCAAUUAGAUGAAGAACAAAGAAUCGCACUUCAAAUGAUAGAAGAACUUCUGAAUCAUUAA